AUGGAUACAUCAAUGUAUCAGUAUUUACGUAUUCUUGACAUUGAUCCAUUCGGAUAUUUUAUUCGAUUAAUGAACAUAUCAUGCAAUAAAUCGCUUGAUCUUAGUAACAUAAAUAUUCAACAAAUCAGUACUAAUAUUCAAACAUUGGAUUCUUCAGAAAAAACUUUGAUAUUAAAUUCAUAUAUAUUCAAUAAAGAACUACGAUCUUUAUUGCAUAGCGGUGAAGUAGUUACUAUUUAUUCUAGACACCACGGCUUAUUCAAAUUUGAUGUUGAACCUCAUAUUUUUAUCGCACAUGACAUUGCACAAUGGUUAACAGAUUCUCAUAUUCGAACAGAAAUUUCAAUUAAUAGAAUCAUAUAUCAUUCUUGUAAAAUAUGUUCUCUUACAACAAAUGAUGUUCCAUUAUUAUUUAUUCAUCGACCAACCAAUCCGAAACAGUAUCUGACAAAAACAAUACUUGAACCAAACCAAUAUGCAAGAUUUGUUUUUCCUUAUUGCUUAUCAACAGAUAGAAUUGUCAAUCCACAUACGUCGGCAAUAUCUGAUAAACAUGAAAAUAAAAUUGAGAAAAAUCUAUGCUAUACAAAUCGACAACUUGUUAAACAGUUUGAUUCAUAUGCACAACGAUUGACAACUGCGCCAAGGAUAAUCAGAUCAUCAAAGAGAAUAUAG